AUGGCGUUCCAUACUCACCAAGGCGGCCAUUGGGUCGGACAUGGACCUGGCCCAGGUUACAUGCCGGCAAUGAGCCCAGCAAUGCCUCCUUUGUCAGGAGCUCAAGUUCAUCAUCAACCACACGCACAACAAAGUGGCCCUCAGCCUCAACGCCCAGAGACCUAUCGCUUGGAAGUUCUACAGCAACCAGCCAUGGCUAAAGCUGCCAAUGACCGUAAACCUGUUGACCCGCCUCCGAUUCUCCAGCUGCACGUUCCGAGCGAUGAGGACCCCGAUGGUGUAUACCGGCAAAGCCCUUAUCUUAUAGCUGUUGCGUAUCUCGAAUAUGCCCACCCCCCUGGCCCUAAUGGCCAAGCUACACCUCCAGCAAAUAUGAUGGCAGGAACGACAGUUUCCUCCUUACAUCGACUGAAGGAUCCGACCAACAAGGAGGGUGCAUUCUUUGUGUUUGGCGACCUAACUAUUAAGAGUGAAGGAGAAUACGUCAUUCGCUUUGAUUUGCUACAGAUGACGAUGGACAAUCUAGAGGAUGGAGAGUUCUGGAUUACGAUAUGUUCGGUUACGAGCGAUCCUUUCAAAGUCCACGCUGGCAGGGCAUUCCCAGGCAUGGCGGAGUCGACUUUUCUAACUCGAUCUUUCAGCGACCAAGGAGUUCGCCUUCGUCUACGAAAAGAUUCGAGGCAAAUUGCAAACAAGAAGAAAAACCUACGCAUGACGGAUCAGUUGGACAAGCAAACAUCGCACAGGCAGGGAAGUGCUCCGCAGAAUGGGGGUAUGUCGCAAAUUGAUGACAGAUCCUAUCAUGACUACGGAGACGAGCCUGUAGCGAAAAGACACCGUCUAGAUUACGGUACGAUAAAUCCGGGUACUCCCACGCAGGAGGGUGGCCCAGAUAUUCGUUGGAACUACGGUCCUCCCACAGGUUCAGCAUAUGCAACCUUAGGAUCCGUGACUACGGGUCCGCCAACAUCGGCAACAACAGUUUCUAUGCCUCCUCCAACCGGUCGAAUCGACACCCAUUUCUCCCCUCUCCCCCAGGGGCCUCACGGUUUCGACCGACAGUCGCCGAUGAACCACUCGCCGAUCCAGUUCGGAAAUGCUAAUGCUCAGAGUUCUUCUCACGCGUACAUAUUUACAGGGGGCUCCAACACUGGAAAUAAUCCGCCGCUGAAUCUCGCCCCCAUUCCACCUCAUCAUCCUCAGUCCGCUCUAGCUUCUCCAAUACAUAGCGUUUCUCCUAGAUCACACGGUCCCUUGAACGGUGCGCCACCGUCAGGAACCGCAUCACCAGUGGGCCCUAACAUGUAUACUACGGCACCCCCGACUUCGAACGCUCAUUCGACUCACCAGUCUCCAUAUGGGAAUCAAGGGUCAUAUCAAAGCAUACAGACUGCUUACGACCAUGGCAGUCUUCGAGAACAUGGUUUAGGAACACCGUUAACGGCAACAAUGCCAUCUGAAAGUCUGAACGGAUCAUAUCCUAUUGGCGGCGCUGAUGCAUUCGACCACCAUCUUACUCAUAUGGUUAACAAGACGCAGCAAGACCACUAG